AUGCAGCUGCUGCGACAUCCGUAUUGCCUCAUUUCUUUCGCUUCUGUUGUACAAGCAGCAGCAGCAGCAGCAGCAGCAGCAGCACCAGCAACGGGAGGGAGCCGCAGCGAUGGACGACACAAGCAGCCAGCAGCAGCAGCAGCACCAGCAGACCGGUCGCUGUCUCCAGGGCGCUGCAGCACAGCAAGUUCUCUGCCGAUGGUAUUGGGGGGAGAAGGCCUUCGGGGGGGCCGCAGCAGUGGAAAGCUUUUGCAGCGGCAGCAGCAGCAGCAACAGCAGCAGCAGCAGCAGCAGCAGCGGCUUGCAGACAACCUCUGCAGCAGUAGUGCAUGCGUUGAAUCUGUGACUGACACAGUAGAUGAACCUAUUGCUGCGGGGGAGGCCCCCUUCUGGCAGUUGGCUCAACGCGGGCUGACGAUGGGGUCGCCGGAGUUAACAGCAGCAUCAGCAGCAGCAGCAGCAUCAGCAGCAGCAGAAGACUCGAUUUGUCCAAUGCCCCACGUUGCUGCAGCCAAAUGCAUGGAUACGGGCUUCUUGCCGCUGCUGCUCACAGACAGUGGCGUGCUGUUUGAGGAUGAAACCUUACAGAUUGGGGUGCAGAAGACAGUGAAGGGGCUCGCGGGCCGCAUAAGUCUUUACUUGGGCAACAAGAGGAGCAGCAUGCUGCAACAGUUCUGCUGCGAGCUGCUGCUGCCGCGGGACGGUGGUUUGCUGCUGGAGCCAGAGGACCCGCAGCAGCAGCUGCAGCACAUCAAGGGGAGGGAGCAGGUCGCUCACCAUUUGCUGCUGCAGUGCGUCGCGCCGUUUGACUACUGCCCGGUGAUGAGGGUUUCGUUUCUGAUGCCGGAUGCAACGCCGUGGAGGAGGGAGAUAUGUUUGCCGCUGUCUUUGUCUUCGUUUGUUGAGGGGCAGCAGAUGCAUGCAGAUGAAUUCUUUCAGCUCUGGUGCAUGCAAACUUUCGUCUUAAACGAAACUGCAUGCAUCCUUAACCUCCACCCUCAGCUGCAGGCUUCAAUGCUGGUACUUGUCCGCCGCCUCCAACUCGGUGGAGCUCUUGCCUUGUGCGCAGCAGCAGGUGAAGGCCAUGCGCAGACGCUGGCGGUGGCGGGCAGCAUGCAACGGCCUCCAGGACUGGGCGUGCAGCAGCAGCAGCAGCAGCAGCAGCAGCAGCAGCAGCAGCAGCAGCAGCAGCAACAGCAGCAAGAUCAGCAGCAUGUGCAGCAGCAGCAGCAGCAGCAGCAGUCCUCCGACCGCUUGAUUGUGUUGGCCAGGCUGGAGCUGGGAUCUGGGGUGCAUCAGGGCCGCGGCCGGCUGGUGGUGCGAGCCAACGACGGCGUGCUGAGUGCAGCGGUUCGUUCUGAGCUACGGGGCCUGUCAACGCAUGCAGCGGACUCUCUACCUGAGGUGACCCCCGCCAUCAUCGGCGCUCAGCUUGUACGGGACCCCUACGAGCAGCUGCCUGCAUCCCUUUCCACCCCCAGCAGCAGCAACAGCAGCAGCAGCAGCAGCAGCAGCGAUGUGUGUGGCGGGUCUGAUCGUCACGUGGUUGUGCGUGAUCCCAGUACUGGAGAGGUGAUAGGGUGUACGCCGAACUUGGGUUCUGCGUGGGUGCGUGCAGCAGUUGCAGCAGCAGCAGCAGCACAGCCGGCAUGGGGCAGCAGCUCGGUGCUGCUGCGCAGCAACUUGCUGCUGCAGUGGAACCGGUUGAUAGAAGAACGUAAAGAGUCGCUGGCGCAGCUCAUCACAGCAGAAACAGGAAAGCCAAUACCAGAAAGCAGACAAGAGGUGAUGUAUGCAGCUUCUUACAUUCGCUGGAGUGCAGAGGAGGCGCGGCGGCUCAACGGCUUAGUUAUUCCUGCAGCAGACAGCAGCAGCAGCAGCAGCAAGCUGCAGUAUACAGUCAAGGAGCCGCUGGGUGUCUGUGCGUUGAUAACACCAUUCAACUUCCCUCUAGCUAUGGCUGCUCGCAAGGCAGCAGCAGCACUUGCUGCUGGCAAUGCAUGCGUGCUGCGGCCAUCAGAGGAGACGCCGCUAACAGCAUUAGCUUUGGCUGCAGCAGCAAGAGAAGCAGGCCUUGCUGCUGGUUUGUUUAGUGUGGUGCCUUCAUGUCGCUCGGGUGCUGCAGCUUUCUCUGCUGCUGUAGCAGCAGACGAUGCUGUUGCGGUGCUGUCGUUCACUGGCUCUACUGCCGUGGGGCGUGAGCUGUAUAGACAGUGCGCAGCAACAACCAAGCGGCUGCUGCUGGAGUUAGGUGGAAAUGCUCCUUUUAUUGUGUUUCCUGAUGCGGAUAUCGAUGAAGCUGUGCUGGGGCUGCUAGCAGCAAAGCUACGCUGCUCUGGCCAGGCCUGCAUCAGCGCCAACCGGGUGUACGUACACCGCAGCGUCUUCGAGGAUUUCUCUCGCCGCUCCACCCGCCUCUUCAAGCAACAAACCAUGGGCAGCGGCAGACAACACGGAGUCUCUGUGGGGCCCCUCAUUAACCCGAGAGCUGUGCAACGCGCACAAAGCCUCGUCGAUGACGCAUGCAGCAAGGGGGCCAAAGUCCUCCUCGGCAGCAGCACCAGCAGCAGCAGCAGCACCAGCAGCAGCAGCAGCACCAGCAGCAGCAGCAAUGGUGGUGGCGGUUAUUUUUUUCCUGUGACAGUACUGGAUUGCCGUGAGGUGUGCAAGAGUGCUCGUGUUUGUGUGGAGGAGUUGUUUGCCCCUAUAGUGAGUUUGUUUACGUUUGAGGACGAGAAAGAAGUGCUGGAUGCAUGCAACGCAACAGAAGCGGGGCUUGCUGCGUAUGUAUACACAAAAGAUAUAAAUAAAAUUCUGAGAGUAACACAGCAACUCCGUGUAGGCAUGGUCGGCGUCAACACUGGCUCUAUCUCCUCCUGCGAAAUUCCUUUUGGGGGCUGCAAGGCCUCGGGCUUCGGCAGAGAAGGGUCCGUGCUCUGUCUAGAUGAUUACACCAAUACAAAAGUCGUUGUCGUCAAACACUAA